AUGGAUAGUUUUGGCAACUAGAAAAUACUUUAAAAACAAAACAAUAGGAGUAACAAUAAGAUGGAGGACGAAGCGCCUGUGAUUUAUGGUUUAGAAUUUCAGGCACGGUCACUUUGUGCGCAAGAAGCUGAAACAGAUAAUAUUCGCUUCCUAGUUGGAACUCAAUCACUGAGAGCAGAAAAUCAAGUCCAUUAUAUUGACUUUGAUGAUGAAAAUAAUGUGAUAAAUAAAACUAUAUUUCUACAUAGAGAAGGAGAGAUUUGGAAUAUAAGCUCUUCCACAUUUGAUGCUGGUCUCUUCUCUACCUGUUUUAAUAAAACGUCAGACACAAAAUCAGAGCUAAAAGCAGCAGUGUGGCAAAUCCCUAGCAAUGCUGAUCCAUUUAACCCAGCGUCAGAUGAUUCUUCCAAUUCUCACCCUCAUCUCCAGCUCAAGUGUUACUUGUCACCAGAUGAACACAGUGAUGUUAAAAGUGUCCUAUGGCAGCCUGCUGGAGACAGCCAUUCUGUUAUUGGCUUGUGUGAGGAUAAAAUUGUGUGCUGGGACUUAGAUGUAGCUUCCUCCACAGCUAAAAUGACUAGCUCCACCAGCAUUGAGGGAAGGUGCCAACAUAAACUAACAUCUGGGAGGUGGAACCCCCACCACAACUGCAAUCAAAUAGCCACUGCUAACGAGACCUCAAUCAGAGGCUGGGAUCUAAGAACAAUGAGCCAAGUGUAUCACAUAGAGUCUGCCCAUGGUCAGCUAGUGAGGGACUUAGACUUCAACCCCAACAAACAGUACUACCUUGUCUCCUGUGGAGAUGACUGCCGCGUCAAGUUCUGGGACACAAGAAAAGUUUCUGAGCCACUGAAAAUACUUUCUGAACAUUCACACUGGGCUUGGUCAGUUCGCUACAACCACUUCCAUGAUCAGCUAGUCUUGACCUCCAGCAGUGACAGUCGGGUCAUCUUAAACAGCGUGGUGUCCUUGUCAUCUGAACCUUAUGGUCACUUGGUAGAGAAGGAUGAUGAGGCUGACACAGACAGCUUGCACGAAGGACAUGAAGAUCCACCAAAAGAUGGAGUAAUAGCCACAUAUGAAGAGCAUGAAGAUAGUGUGUAUGCAGUAGACUGGUCAAGUGCUGAUCCCUGGACGUUUGCUUCCCUCAGCUAUGAUGGACGUCUAGUCAUCAACCGAGUCCCACGCUCAGAAAAAUACAAAAUACUUUUGUGAUAUUUUCCCCUUAACUUUACAGACUAUUUAAGUUAUUGAUUUUGACAUUAAAAAUGAUGUAAUUGAUAUUCAUUCUAUGGCUUCCCUUGAAAUUUGGAAGAUGAAAACGACUGGUUGAAAAAACUUAUUGAACAAGCAGUAGGGAUUUUUUAUCUAAAGUUAUUUCCUUGGUGGUCAACCUAAUUAAGUUACCAAAUUAAAUCUCAUUUAUGUAAUGGCAUUCCAGAUUACAUUUAUGUAAUUGCUGUUUACACGUGCAAUAGUGGACAUUGCUUCAUUUGUUUCAGGUAUAUUAAACAGCCAAUAUUUGUUGAUAAA